AUGAUAAUAGUCUUAGUGGCAGUAACUACUACUUGUAGUGCAGGAGGAUAUCAAAGACCAAUGGAAAUUGAACCACAACCAAAUUUUGAAGCUCCUCCACAAUAUGGAGGUUAUAGAAAACCAUAUAAUAAUAUGCCACCAGAAAUACCACCACAAUUCCCAUCAAAAUAUAAUGAACCACCUGUUCAAUCAAGUUAUGGAACAUUUAACCAACCUCCAGUACCAUCAGAAGGACCAUUUAAUUCUCCUCCAAUUCCAUCAGACCAACAAUUCAAUCCUCAACCACCAAUAGAUGUUGGUGGUAAUUCAUAUUUACCACCAAAUAAUGGAUACAUUAAUCCUGAACAAAUGCCUUACAGAUCAAGGGGAGGCUAUUACAGAGGUUAA